CGUUGCCUUAGCGCGGCCUCACACCCUGCGCUCGGAGUUCGGGGCUGCGGGCGUCCUAGCUUCCUCCCUCCCGGAGGCGGGCCCGACCCCGCCCCCGCGCCCCGGGUGGCUCCCCGCGGUCCCUCCUACCUCCUACCCUCAGCCUCCCCGGCGCGGCGCACUCCCCGCCGGCCGCAGCUUGACACGCCGCGCGGCCCCCCAGUCUCCCCGGCCGCCUCCCCCAGGCAUGGCCCAGGGCUUCGCCUCACUAUGGCAGCAGCACGGCACAGCACCCUUGACUUCAUGCUCGGCGCCAAAGUUGCGGAGCGCAGGCUCAGCGGCCAUGGCUCACGGGCCCAGCCGCUCCGUGGCAUGUGGGAUCUUCCCGGACCGGGGCACGAACCCGUAUUCCUUGCAUCGGCAGGCGGACUCCCAACCACUGCGCCACCAGGGAGGCCCUCAUCUUGGUUCUUUAUCUUACCCUUCUCAAGGACUGAUGGUGAGACCAUUCUGAAAGGCCUCCAGUCCAUUUUCCAGGAGCAGGGGAUGAUGGAGUCGGUGCACACCUGGCAGGAACAUGGCUAUUUAGCGACCUACAUAAACAAAAACGGCAGCUUUGCCAAUUUGAGAAUUUACCCGCAUGGAUUGGUGUUGCUGGACCUUCAGAGUUACGACGGUGAUGCGCAAGGCAAAGAAGUUGACAGUCUUUUGAACAAAGUAGAAGAAAGAAUGAAAGAAAUGAGUCAGGACAGUACUGAGCGGGUGAAGCGAUUACCACCCAUAGUUCGAGGAGGGGCCAUUGACAGAUACUGGCCCACUGCAGAUGGCCGCUUGGUUGAGUACGACAUAGAUGAAGUGGUGUAUGAUGAAGACUCACCUUACCAGAACAUUAAAAUUUUACACUCAAAACAAUUUGGAAAUAUUCUCAUCCUCAGUGGGGAUGUUAAUUUGGCGGAAAGUGAUCUGGCGUAUACCCGGGCCAUCAUGGGCAGCGGCAAAGAAGAUUACACUGGCAAAGAUGUACUGAUUCUAGGAGGUGGAGAUGGGGGCAUAUUAUGUGAAAUAGUCAAACUGAAACCAAAGAUGGUCACUAUGGUAGAGAUUGACCAAAUGGUGAUUGACGGAUGUAAGAAAUACAUGCGGAAAACAUGUGGUGAUGUCCUAGACAAUCUUAAAGGAGACUGCUAUCAGGUUCUAAUAGAAGACUGUAUUCCUGUACUGAAGAGGUACGCCAAAGAAGGGAGAGAGUUUGAUUAUGUGAUUAAUGAUUUGACAGCUGUUCCAAUCUCCACAUCUCCGGAAGAAGAUUCCACAUGGGAGUUUCUCAGACUGAUUCUUGACCUCUCAAUGAAAGUAUUGAAACAGGAUGGGAAAUAUUUUACACAGGGGAACUGUGUCAAUUUGACGGAAGCCCUGUCACUCUAUGAAGAACAGCUGGGGCGCCUGUAUUGUCCUGUGGAAUUCUCGAAGGAGAUCGUCUGUGUCCCUUCAUACUUGGAAUUUCUUAUUCAACAGUCUUCACCCCUUAUCUAUUGUCCGCAUACAUUUAAAUGUUUAAUGUCUGAAGAGAAGGCCUCCACUUUGGUCUGGGUCAGCCUACAGGGGACUGUCGCUCGGGUUUCGGUGGAGACCAGGCAGCAAGGCCACGAGACCCUGAUCCUGGCCACUUUGCGCUUAGUUUGA